GGCGCAAUCAACAUGACAGCCAACUGGCAUGAGUGGCGAGCAUAAGUUGGUAUUUUUUUGGGACGUGGCACAAACAUAUGAAUGCCGUUUUACUUUUACUAAUAAUAUAGGGAAAUAAGUUACGUUAUUUUAUUAGUUGGAAGUUCGCUUUGUGUCAAUUCUGUCCCUGUGAUUUCUUUUCAUAAAGAAUUCUAAAAGGUUGUCAGCAAAGGUCAGGGGUCACAUCAGCAAUGGCGACCUUCCGAUGCAACAAGUGGUUCCUCUGCACCUUCUUUGUUGCCGUUCUUGGCUUCCUGAAGCGCAUCCUCUUCAGCAGAUUCCACCGACGGAACAAAAGCGACACCGACUUGCCAAUGCUUACCGGCACCAUCAGCACCCCAGCAGCUGCAGGCAACUCACUCGAUGAAAGAAACGUAGAUAUUGCAGAUUGGGAUGAUUGGGAUUACGCAGGUGCACCAACAGGUAUCAUCAUAGAACCUAACAACCCCCAUACAGGCCCAGGGACCACGCCCAUGGGUGCGGCUCCAAUGGGAGGGGCCUCAGUAGGGGGAGGAGUCACUGCUGAUAGCGACGAUGUGCCAGAGAUGGACUACUUCAGUGACAUGGCACCGACCUUAAAAAAAACAGUUUUGAUCAGGAAAAAAGAUCGGACUCGAGCAGGGUUGCCCAAUAGCGGGAUGUCAAAUCGCUUGUCGAUGAAUGUAGAUAUCACACCUAUUGCCUCGUCAGAGUUAUCGACAUGGGAUGAGGACAACGACGGCACGUGGGAAGACGAAACAAGCGCCGUGGACUUGUCCUGGGACGCAGACCGCGUCAUCAAGGAGAAGAAACAAGCCGAGCGCGACCGAAGGUCCGCCGAGCAACACCGGAAGAAGAUGGAACGAGAGCAGCAACGGGCCAUGAAAAAAGACGGUGGCAAGUUGGCGGUCAAGUUAAAGUGAUAACAGCACGGUGCGUAGUUUGAAUACAACUUGUAUAUCCACCAGAGGUUCAGUGGCAGAGGUAGGGUUGCCUUAAUGGGGUCCGUGUGUGAACAAGAGAGGGCGCUUUUUCACUACUUUUGACUACACCAGGACACACUGGGUGCGCGUCCUGGUUGGCGCGAAGUACGCGCUACUUAUUAGAUUUUGAGCAAAAGGCAGAAGUGUCUUUGCAUGAGCAUCAGGCAUCGUCAGCAAUGCAUUCGAAUGUCUCUACCAGUAGUCUCUGCCAACUCUGUUUUUCGUACGAACUUCAACCAUCCCCAACCCUGCAAAAUCCAACUGCAUGUUUUGUUGGAAUCUGUUGGAUCGAGUACUGGACUAGUAAAGGUCAGGCAUACCACCACAAUCAGAGUCCAACAGUUUGGGUGUAGAGUUUACCAUAUGGUGUUGGAUUUUGCAAGAGUGAGGAAGGUUGCUAGUAAAUCACUUAAGGGGGUUAGAGGUACUUGUACAUGGAGCCGAUAUGAUUAGAGAGAGUUGUAGUCGAGUUGGGAGUCCGCACCCAAUAUUGUCCCAAUUGGCAACCUAGGCUCUUCCACUUAUAAUUGUUGUUGUUUGUUGUUACUUGAGGAAGCUGUCCCUAACCUGUUGAAAAUUCUGACUGACUUUUGGUCCCGAAGAGCAUCCAAGUAUUCAUUUUGUACCUAUCACACUGACUGACCGAGUCGCUCACUAAUUGACUGUCACAUUGACUAGUACAGCAAGUUGGCGAUUAAAGAUUGUUCAGUUUAUGUGUAAAGGCAUGAAAUUUGGCACACAGUCAUGGGUAAAAAUAGUUGGCUGUAGGGCCAUCUCAGAUUUGUCCUGUGAAAAAUAUCAUAGGAUAAAGCCCAAAAAAAAAAGUCUCCGGUUUCUGGUAUGCGCGCGCGUCGCUGAAGC